GGGUUUUAGCUAGGGUUUAUCUGAUUAGCGCCCGCCACGUCGCGCAAUGCAUGGGCGAUCUCGAGCAUGCAUUCGUCCCGGCUCCAAAUAAAUUCCCCUCCUCGAUCGAUUCUUUCUCAUCCUGCCUCCCAGUGCUCUCCUUCUCGAUCAAGCAAUGGCGAUUGGAAUGAAGAUUCUCCUCUUGCUCCUGGUGAUCAAUGCCGCGGCGUUUGCGCGCCGCGAGGAUGAGCAGCAGCGGCACGAGCAUCGUCGGCAGCGCGAGCGCCACCAGCGGAUGUUCGAGGAUUUGAAGCCCCAGGAGCCCCGCGUGGAGCUGGAAUCCGAUGGGGGCAAGCUCGAGGUGUGGGGCGGGCGUGGAUCGGGCGUGUUUGAGGACGCCAAUGUCGCUGCGUGUAGGACGACUCUCAAGCGCCGCGGCCUCUGGCUCCCUUCCUACAUCGAUGCUCCCUCAAUGCAGCUCGUUACUCGAGGAUGUGGAAGAGUUGGAGUCAUCAGCUCUCGUGGCGAUCGUCGUAGUCAAGAAACCACCUUCAAAGUUGAGAAGGGUGAUGUCGUUGCAGUCCCGCAGGGAGUGGUCGUCUGGUGGUACAACGAUCAAGACCGAGAUCUAGAGAUCGUUGGACUUGCCGACGUUACCGAGAGCACUCGUCCCGCGAGCCUUCGAGCUUUUCACUUGGCUGGAGGAAAGCAAGAAGGUCAGCAGCGCAAGGAGGAAGAGCGAAGGAGGGGUCGCGAGGAGGAAGAGGACCAGCGAAGGAGAGGCCGCGAGGAGGAAGAGGAGCAGCGCCGCCAGCGUCGGGAGGACCAGCGUCGCGAGGAUCAGCGUCGGGAGGAUCAACGUGGUGAACGCAGCGAGCAAUCUGGAUAUGGAGCGGUCAUCCACGGAUUCAGCACCGAGGUUCUCUCUCGCGCCUGGCAGAUGGACAAGAGCACUGUCAAGGAGUUGCUUCAAAGCCAGAGCGAGAUGGGAAUCAUCCGACUCGACAAGGACAUCACUUUCCCAGACCAGGAAGAGCGAGAUAACACCUUCUACCAGAACUUCAUCUAUCGAUUCGGCAAAACGAAUCCUGACAUUCGCGUCCGGGAUGGUGGUGAGCUCCGCGAGCUAAACAGCUACAAGCUUCCGGUUCUCAAGCAGCUCGGACUUGGAAUGGAAUGCGUGCAGCUCGAACAGGACGCUAUGGUUUCUCCGAACUGGUUCCGUGCUCAUCAGAUCCUCUACGUUAUGGAAGGACGUGGAAAGAUCGAGGCUGUGUCUAACGAUGGAGAGAGGGCUCUCGACACCGAUCUUGAGAAGGGAUCCCUCGUUGUCAUCCCGGCGUUCUUCCCGUCGACGAAGAUUGCCGGAAGCGAAGGAUUUCACUACGUCUCUUUCCUCACCACGGACAAGCCGAUGAUCUCCUACAUGUCUGGAAGGAACUCCGUCUACCAGGGCAUUCCUCUGCGUGUUCUCUCUCGCAUCUUAAACGUGGACGAGGAGCGCGCUAAGCAGGUCCAGCGCGCUCACGAGAGGGAAUCCGUUAUCUUUCCCUCCGAGUCUUCGGCUGCGCGCCGCCGCGACGGGCAGCGAGAUCCUCGCCGUCGAGAAGACGAGAAGCGGCGCCACGAGGAAGAGGACGAGUCUCGCCGCCGCCAUCGUGAGGAGAAACGUCGCGAGGAAGAAGAGGAGGAUCGUCGCCGCAAGAGAGAGAGCGAGGACGAGUCCAAGCGUCGUGGUGCGUGGGCUCUGUAGAUAAAAUGGUGGCCGCUUGUGUGUAGAUAAGCCUCUGUGCAGUUGUUGCGAAGAAUAAAUAUAUAAACAGAGCGUGUUUGUGUGAUUUUCA